AUGUCAAAAUUCAUUCUCGCAGCAACUCUCUUGUCAGCCGUUAUGGCUUGUCCCGAUCAUGAUCUUUCCAGCCGAUCACUCAUGAAGAGAGCUGAUGGACCUGCUGAUUGGGCAUACGAUGCUGCUUACAACUGGGGAAUGAUUAACGAGAACUACACCACUUGCCAAACUGGCACUCAACAGUCCCCUAUCCAUCUCACCACCAGCACUGGUUACUCAAAAACCCACACUCCAACUUUCAACUACUCAACCUCUACCUCAGGCUCCCUCUACAACUGGGGUUAUGGUCCCGCCUUCUCCCUCACCACCAACGUCACUGAUCUCAGCGGCAACCCAUCCAUGACCUUCGACAACGAAACCGUCUUCCUCAAAGGCUGGCACAUUCACGCCCCAGCAGAUCACACCAUUGAUUCUGCCCGUUCCAAGGCCGAACUCCAUUUCGUGCACGCCACUGCCUCCGGCGCCGAGCGUGCCGUCGUCGCAUUCAUGAUUGAUCCCAUCUCCUUCGGCACCGUGGCAAACUCCACAUUCUUCGACUCCUUCCCAUUAACAUCCAUCCCCUCCUUCUCAGACGCAACGACGCGCAUCCCGCUCGAUCUCGAUCUCAAACAAGCUCUCACAGAAAUCAACAAUGCGAAGGAUUUCUGGACCUACGAGGGAAGUCUCACUUCUCCUCCUUGUACAGAGGGCAUGAGAUGGUUCGUUGCUGGAAAGAAGAUGCUGGUCGGAAUAGAACAGAUGCAGGAGAUUUUGGCAGUGAGUACCUAUAGUGCCCGCAAGGAACAGGGCAUCUGGGGUCACAACAUCAAUGUUUAA